CAGUCACGCGUCAUCCCACGAGAAGUUAGUUAUGCACGGAGCCAGACUGCAAUUCGCAAAAGAAAAGGAACCCUACUAGUACUUAGCUCAGCUUUUGGUCAAAUGUCUUUCCUUGGAUGCGAGGUGGACGUGCCGCGCGCCGUCUUGCCGCGCCGUGGCUUCCAGCUUAAGCGCACCGUGGCGACCUGCGUGUCGCGACCUCCAAGUGCUGUUCGCAAGUACCUUGCUGAGAAGUUCACAGUGAAUAAGGACGUGGCGAGCCCGGCCGAAAUGGCGCGGCUGACGCGUUCCGUGGAGGACGUCGAGGAGCAGAUGCUGUCAAAAGUUGAUCAAAUAAAUACGAAGAUCGACCGGGAUUUCGGAGAGCUGCGGCUCUACUUCCUGGUGCUGCUCCUGUUGGUGCUGUCGACGGUAUCCCCCGACAGCUUUUUAUGCACAAUAAUUUCCGCCGUCUUCAAGAAGUAGUGCAGGACGGCCGCUCCGCGACAGCCGAAGUGUACGCAGACAGGCGCGGCUGUCUCUACUAGCUAGCUUUGGCAGCCUGCGCCGCUUGAUGGUUCUGGCGCAGAGCGGGGGUGCAACGGCAACGUUCAAUGCAGGCGUCGGUUGGGCUCUCCUUUUGUCUUUUCUGUGUGGGAUACCUCAGCAUUACUGAACGUAUGCGUCUUGCUUUUGGGUGGAAUGGUGUGGGUAGGACAGCUUUGGGAUAGCUGCGCUGUCAGGACGCCUUUCGCCAUGCACUGUGGUGGAUAAAGCGGGUUUUGGAAACACUGCUUGAGUUUCAUAGCAUAAGCAGCAGGUACGGCUGAGGGAUACGCAUUGGAUGUGAUGUGAGAAAUUCCAAGUGGGCAUGUCCUUGGAGGUGUGUGGAGAACCGGUGCGCAGGGGAGAACCGGUGCCGGUGCGUGUUUCUCGACGCCACGAUUCAUGCACGGUGUGCAACACGGAUACACAAACCGUGCACUGACAUGAGCAGGAGAGGUUGCGAUGAUAAACACCGUGGGUUGUACCCUGUACACUGCACUGAUAGCGAUAGCGAGUAAUUGGGAGUCUGUGCUGCAGAGUGUGUGUGCUGCAGAGUCUGGAGGAACCGUCCGGUUCUGGUCUGAGGUUGAUCCUGUCUUAGCGCUAGCCCCCUUACGCCGUCCUGAGUGGUCGUCUGUCCUACGCGCAAACCCAACAUAUUGCGUUGACGUCUGGGGACGCUGUGUCGGCGAGCGCCACGGAUGGCCCCAAUACCAUGGGGGCACUGUACAAUAUUCGUGGAACUCCGAAGGCCACGCUGCGUGCGGGGUGUUUUUGAAAUUUUGAUGAGGUAUGCCAGUGCAAGCACCUGAGUGCGUUGGAGCUUGCCUCAAGUAGAUAGAAGGUGUGCUCCGCAGUGUGUGUUGUGGAACGGUUUUGCCGCAACUUACUGUGCGACGUCCAACCAUCCGACGUCCAACGCACAGCC